AUGACCUUCUCGCCCUCCUUCAAUGACCGAACCGAUUUUGAUAACGCUACCCGAGGGUUUAUCCAUGCAUUAAAACCAUGUAUCAUCCGAAACUCGAGUGGCCGCGUAGUGUGGAACAACGACGAGUACGGUUUUCUCCAAGACGCAGAAUGCCCUGCCACUGCCGAGCCAAAACUGUGGCGACAAGGCCAAUUGAACUCCAUCCAGGGUCUUUUCCAAGUAACUGACGGAAUUUACCAAAUUCGAGGCUUCGAUCUCUCGAACAUGACCGUCGUUGAGGGACACAAAGGUGUUAUUGUGAUUGACCCGUUGACGUCGGUCGAAUGUGCAGCGGCGGCACUAGCGCUUUACCGUGAACACCGCGGGGACCGGCCAGUAACCGGUUUGAUCUAUUCACACUCACAUGUAGAUCAUUUCGGUGGAGCUCAGGGCGUGCUCCAACAAGGCACAAAUACAUCGAUACCUAUCAUCGCCCCGGAGGGUUUCAUGGCCGAAGCGACUAGCGAGAACAUCUACGUCGGCGAUGCCAUGCGCCGGCGUGCAGGGUAUAUGUACGGCAUGCGAUUACCAAAAGGGCCAGAUGGUCACAUUGGCUGUGGCCUUGGAAUGAUGCCGUCUAGUGGAACAAUGUCAUUGAUUCCUCCAAAUGUCUCUAUCUGCCACACAGGCGAGAAACGGACGGUGGAUGGCAUUCGUAUUGAGUUCCAAAUGGUUCCUGAAACCGAGGCACCGGCGGAGAUGAACUUCUACUUUCCCGAGCACAAGGCACUUUGCAUUGCUGAAUGCGCAACUCAUUGCCUUCACAAUAUAAUCACUCUUCGCGGGGCUUUGGUUCGUGACGCGAAGGCCUGGGCACGCUAUCUUGACGAAACAGCAGUGCUCUAUGGGCAGAAAUCCAAUGUGCUCUUUGCUGGCCACAACUGGCCGACCUGGGGACAGGAUGAAAUCGUCAAGUUCAUAUCGGAGCAACGAGACCUCUACACCUAUCUCCAUGACCAAACUGUCCGGAUGAUGAAUAUCGGCCUGACAGGCAUCGAGAUUGCAGAGAGAUUCACCCUCCCACCAGCACUGCAAAUGGCGUGGCAUGCGCAGGGUUUCUACGGCUCUGUCAGUCAUAAUGUCAAGGGAAUCUACCAACGCUAUCUGGGUUGGUUUGAUGGGAAUCCAGCACACUUAUGGGAGUACCCAGCGGCUGAAGCUGGUCAGAGAUACAUUGACUGUAUGGGAGGUGUAGAUGAGGUUGUUCGAAAGGCAAGAAAGUAUGCCAGCGAAGGUGAUUCACGCUUUGCGGUGACACUAUUGGGCCAUGUCAUAGCCGCUCAUCCUGAACACAAGGAGUCAAGACUUGCGCUGGCAUCUGUGUACACGAAACUGGCAUAUGGCUGUGAGAAUGCGACAUGGCGCAACAUCUACCUUUCCGGUGCCCAGGAUAUGCACUCUCCUCCCCCGCCAGAUCGUCCAGAACCCCCGAAGCGCGAAUACAGGGCUGCGCUAUCGAUGGAACAACUGCUUACUCUUCUGUCAGUCCAAUUGGAUGGACCCAAAGCCGCAACAGAAUCGUUUACGAUAGACCUGGAUCUGCAAGAACAAAAGCAAAGUUGGCGGCUGAUUCUGAGCAACGGAGCCUUGACAUAUCGCAUCAAAACAGAUCACGACAGGUCCAUUGACACGUCUGGUUUGCGUCUAACGCUCACCAAAAAGGAAUUGGUGGAGAUACUGAAUGGGGGUGGAGGGAUCCCAGAAAACAGCUCAGAGGGCGAUGUGAGCCUGCUCUUCAAGUUGAUGAGAUUGGUUGGGGCAUCCAUGCCCCCAGCAAGCCUUUUGUAA